AUGGGGUCUCCAUCAUUAUUUCUUGGGAUUGAGACUGUCUCUCUAUCCGAUGGAUUAUUGCUCUCUCAGCGGCGAUAUAUGGGUGACAUUUUGAAGCGCGCCGGUAUGAUUGACUGUAAGCCCGUUGCUACUCCGGUGUCUCUUGCGUCUGGCCGGGGCACUUCAGUAUCUUACAGUUACUCGGCUGGACUUGUCAUAUGCGGUAAACCGGCUUUGUCAGCACAUGCAUACUCCCACCAUGGCGCAUUGGGGGAUGCUAAAGCGGGUGUUACGGUUAUACGGUAUGUCAAGGGCACUAGUGACUUGGGUCUACUUGUCAGGCGUUCUGUUUCCACUGAUAUUCAUGCAUUCUCGGACUCGGAUUGGGCUGGUAAUCCGACUGAUCGCAAGUCAACGAGUGGAUUUGCUGUCUACCUAGGUGGCAAUCUCGUUUCUUGGUCUUGUCGCAAGCAACGUACAGUGGCUCGCUCGUCAACAGAGGCUGAGUACAAGGCCUUAGCGGAUGUGUCUGCAGAAGUAACCUGGCUUGUGUCUUUGCUGAGGGAGAUUGGUUUGUCUCCGGUGUCUCCGCCCAAGCUGUGGUGUGAUAACUUGGGCGCCACCUAUCUUUGCGCUAACCCGGUGUUUCAUGCGCGAACAAAGCAUGUGGAGAUUGACUACCACUUUGUUCGUGAUAAAGUUUCCAAAAAAGAGAUUCAGGUGCAUUUCAUCUCCACGAAGGAUCAGCUAGCUGAUAUUUUCACUAAGGCGCUUCCGUCUACCCUGUUUCGGUUUCUACGUGGCAAGCUUAAUGUUGCAGCUGGUCCACCUUAA